AUACAUCCUAAAACUACAUACAGAUCGAAGAGACGUUGGGACGAUGAGUUCUUCAAAGAUGACGAAGUUGAGUGCAUCAGCUUUGGCUUUUCUUCCACAAGAGAUCCUCGUCGAAAUUCUGAGUAAACUCCCUGCCAAAUCUCUGGUGCGAUUCAAGUCUGUUUCUAAAUUCUUUUUUUCUCUGCUUGUUGAUCAUCCCUUUGCCGAUCUGCAUCGCAACUGGUCCUUAACCCUCCCCAGUAGGAUGAGCAUUCUCAUCUUUUUCCCACCCACCCGUGACCGCAAUACCAGCCGAUAUUUCACCACAAAUUACUCCGAAGAAAACCAAGGAAAGCUCCAAGUCAAUCAUCUCCAGUAUAUCGACGACGACGGUGAUAUCUUCGGGAAGGUUUAUUUACGGUCCGCCCUGAACGGCCUGCUUUGUUUCUGCGGAUCCUCACGGCUCGGAGACGACAUUGCAAUUCACAACCUUAGUACUCGACGCCAUAUCUCUCUUCCACCAACCUAUCCUCGUCUGCCCCGCGAUUCUCGGAUGAGGAUGAACGUUUGUGGGCUCUUGGGUUUCGAUCCCGUUUCGAGAAGAUACAAGGUGCUGAAGUCAGUCCAGUUUUCAAAAAACAUCUUCCGGGAUGGGCAUGUUUCGGUAAAGCAUUGGGUUUUUACACUGGGCGUGGAUAAAUCAUGGAGGGAGGUCCAUCCCUCUCCCCUUUUCAAUCCUUACAAUUGCUUUAAUAAUGAUUUCUAUUUUCACACUAGUGUUCAUAUUGACGGGAUAAUCUAUUCUCUUAAUUCGCUGAAUUACUCAAAUUAUCACAUAGUAGCAUUUGACGUUAGGACUGAGAAUUUCCUAGCGAUGCCUCUUCUCCCCCCAAAUAUAAUUCUUGUUGUGGGCUUGGUAGAGGUGGAUGGUCGAUUAGCACUUGUGGGCCUGGGUAUGAAUAUAUGGACUCUAGAGGAAUCAAUGGUAUGGAAGAAACAAUAUUCAAUUUGCAUUCCUAGACUAUUAUCCCAAGAGAUUAGGGAUGAAGAUUUACAAAGGGAAAAGGUUGCAAAUGAAGAGGAGUUUAUCUGGAGAAAUUUGUUUUUUGUUGCAAAUCAGGUUGGGGAGAUUGCUGUGUUAUUGAUGUUGAAGAGAUCUGUUUUUAUUUUAUUUUAUAACUUGAAAACACAUAAUUGGAGAAAAUUUGAGUUAUGUGAGUUUGGUAUGCCUCUAAGCGAGGUUAUGUAUCAUAGUACUGCCAUGCACUUCAUCUUAGACAAUAUCUUCUAAUUUUUAUUAGUAUUAAAUAAGGAGGUCUUGGAUGGUGUGAUAUCGGCCCCUUAAAGUGCUUUUUUACUCGAUCGCCUAAUAAAUGAUAAUGUACUCAUCGCCUCGGAAGUAGUACAUUAUUUGCACCGGAAGAAGCAAGGAAAUAAUGUUUGGUGUGCCCUUAAGCUUGACAUGGCCAAAGCCUAUGACAAGAUGGAAUGAAGGUUUUUGAAGCAGGUUGAGGGUUUUUGAAGCAGGUUAUGAGCCCUUAAGCUUGACAUGGCCAAAGCCUAUGACAAGAUGGAAUGAGCCCUUAAGCUUGACAUGACCAAAGCCUAUGACAAGAUGGAAUGAGCCCUUAAGCUUGACAUGGCUAAAGCCUAUGACAAGAUGGAAUGGGGGGUUUUUGAAGUAGGUUAUGAUACGAAUGGGGUUUGAUAGUCGUUGGAUUGAUAUUAUUAUGAGAAUGAUAUCUCCAUGUGUUGUGGCGCGUGGUGCUCCAGGUAUCUCCCAUUUGUUUUUCGCCGAUGACAGCCUCUUUUUUUUCAAGGCAACAAUUUCUUAGGCUGCAGUUAAGGACGGUCUCACGACAUAUGAAGCAAUGUCCGGCCAGUCAUGUAUAUUAUUCAGUCCCAAUACUUUGGCCAUUUCGAAGAAUGCGUGUCAAUAUUGUGGAGGGAUUGGCCGUAACAGAAAGGAGGUUUUCUCGUAUCUUGAGACUGGAUGGCAUAAGAAGGUGUUGUCUCGUGCCGGUAAGGAAGUCUUGAUCAAAAGUGUUGCCCAGGCCUUAUCGACGUAUACCAUGAGUAUAUAUUAUUUGCCCUUAACUUUCUGUGAGCGCAUUAUGAAUCAAUAUUGGUGGGGUUCGCGGGGUAAUGAAGGUGGUGGAAUCUGGUGGAUGGCAUGGCGACGUAUGUGUUCCCCAAAAGCUGCUAGAGGUCUAGGUUUCAAGCAAGUACAUAAGUUCAACCUUGCGUUGCUUGCCAAGCAAGGUUGGCGCCUCCUUACAAACCUAACAUCUCUAGCAGCUCGAAUUUUCAAGGCACGUUACUACCCUUAAGAUGAAUUUUUGGAUGCUAGAAUUAGUGCAAAUCCCAGUUAUGUUUGGCGUUCAAUUCUAGCAGGAAAGGAUAUUUUAAGCACAGGCCGUGUAAAGCACAUUGGUAAUGGAGAAGGAACUUCAGUCUGGAAGCAUCCUUGGUUGCCGGAUGUUGAGGAUCCAUAUAUUCAUUCACCGUGUUUGAGCCAAGACCCAAAUAUGAAGGCCAGGGAGUUGAUCAUCCCAGCGACUAAGGAUUGGGAUGUUGAGAAAUUGAUCAAGUAUUUUGAUGCUUGUGAUGUUAGUUUGAUACGUAGAAUCCCUGUGGCCCUAGGCUUUAAUGAUAGCUGGUGCUGGCGUGAUGAUAUUACAGGUCAGUAUCGUGUGAAGCAUGGUUAUAAGCUGAUCAAUACUCUUCAAGAUGAAGGUCAGAGCUUGAAUUUUGCAUGGAAGGAGUUGUGGACGCUCAAAAUCCUGCCGAAUAUCAUUAACUUUGUUUGGAGAUGUAUACAUGGAGUUUUACCAACAAUGGAAGCCUUAUGUACAUGGAGUUUUACCAACAAUGGAAGCCUUAUGUUCGAGGAGGAUAGAUGUCGAUAUGAGUUGUCAUCUCUGUAAACAACAUCCUGAGACGUUGCGGCACUUGUUCUUUGAUUGUGUACAUGUUCAACCUCUUUGGAUUGAUACGCACCGCCUGUUAAUUGCCGAUGAUGAUGAUUUUGUAGUUUGUUUGACCAAGUGGCUAGCGGUGGCUGACGGCAUUGUUGUUAAGCGGUGCAUAGCUAUGUCCUGGUCUAUUUGGAAGCAUCGCAAUGCUUUGGUCUGGAGCAGCAAACAGUGGUAGAUAAAUUCUAUUAAUAUGGAGAUUUCAAACUUCUGGUGGAUUGGGAGGAAAAUCUGGCGCAGAACAACAAUAUAUCUCAUGCUAUUUCACCUAGUUCUGAUAAGAUGCAUGUGUCUCCAGGUACGGUUUGCAUUUUUGUAUAUGCGGCGGUCUAUCCAGAUUCGGAUGAUGCUUAUUUUGGUGCUUACAUGACAAAUAGUAAUGGCGGUUUUGUGGCGGCUAAGAAUGGAUCUGUUAGAUGUUUGCGUGAUGUUUUACUUGCAGAAGCCAUGGCCGUGAAGGAAGCUUUGUCCUGAGCAAGAGAAAGAGGAGAUAAUAAACUGAUAAUCUUUUCUUAUUGUCAGUUGGUUUGCAAGUGGUUCGAUGGUAUGGCACAUGAUCUUUCUUAUGCUGGUUGUGUUUUAAGUGAGUGCCGCUCUCUUCAACGACACUUUGAAUCAGUGUCUAUUCAUUUUAUUCUGAGAUCAGCGAACAAGUUUGCUCAUGCACUAGCUAGAGCUACUCGUUCUCAAUCUGGUCUGUUGUGCUGGUUAUCGGUGAUUCCUUCUUGUAUUGAGCAUCUAUUUUAAUAAAGUUAUUCUAUUUCCUUUAAAAAA